AUGUAUCCAACUGGUUUUGGGUAUGACAAAUCAACGGAUGACUACUUGCUCGUUCUUAUGAUGGUGAUUCCUGAAGACUAUUAUCCACAGGAUGUACCUGAUUUUCCUACUACCAUUCGCAUUUUUUCCAUGAAAAAAAAUUCCUGGUUUAACCAGGAGGGUACUUAUGCUCAAUAUGUGGAUAUGGGUUGUGCUGAUCUCAAAAUUGCGGCCUUCUUGAACGAUGCCCUGCACUUGAAGAACCCUUCUCUCUUCUCCAAUCUCCCUGAAGAGUUGAUUCCACAGAUUCUACUGAGAGGAUUUACACUUGUAGCCUAUGAAUGUGGUAAUACCAUUAUAUGGAAUCCAUCAACUGGUUCCCAGAGACGAAUUGAAGGACAAGAUAACCUUGGUGAGGCCAUGUUGGAAUAUCUAACUGGUUUUGGCUAUGACACCUCAACUGAUGACUACUUGCUAGUUCUUAUAGGAAUGAUGCAUUUUGACCGCGAAGAUUAUUUAAGAGUUGGGUCCUACUUGAAUGAGGCUCUGCAUUGGUUGGUUAUGUCUUAUGAUACAAAGCUUGAAGUGAUUAUUGCCUUUGAUUUGGUACAGCAUGGUUUGUCAGAGAUUCCUUUGUCACAUAAUUUAGCCAGGAAAUUGAAACAUAAACCAUAUUAUUUGAGGGUCUUGGGAGAAUGUCUUAGCCUAUGUUACCUGGGUAACAUGGAUUCAAUGGCUGAGAUUUGGAUGAUGAAAAAAUAUAAAGUGCGGUCUUCUUGGACUAAGGUAUUUGCUUUUUCUACUUGUAACAUUCCCAAAAAUGUCUUUUUUCCAAUAUGUUUCACCAAACAUGGUGAAAUUUUUGGAUCAAAUGGCACUGGAAGGUUAAUGAUACUUAAUGACAAAGGAUGGCUGCUUGAUCAGUGCUCUCUUUGGCCGGCACCUGAUAGACUACAAUUUAUUCACGUAGAUUGUGGUAUGUAUAGAGAGAGUUUACUAUCACUCCCUAAUGACUUUGAAGAAGCAAGUGAAGAUGACCAACUGACGAAUGCCUUGGAGGAAGCAAGUAAAGAUGACCGAUAG